CCCUUACGUUCCCACGACUCCGCCUCCAACCGGCGUUUUGUUCUGGAAGCUUCAGGCGCCGGGGUUUGACAGGCGAGACCGUUCAAUCCACCGUCAUCCGCCGCCCAGUGACCCGCGCCGGGACGUGACCCUCUCCGUACUACACCCGCCCGAAACGGUCUAUCCAUAAUGCCGGAUAUCUCUGCUCCUAAAGUGAUGGCGGCAUCAGGAGGAGGCAAUGGAGGUUCGAGCAAGAAGAGAGGAGCCUACCAGGACCGCGACAAGCCGUCCCAGAUCCGUUUCAGCAACAUCUCCGCAGGGAAAGCUGUUGCCGACGCCAUCAGAACAAGCCUGGGGCCAAAGGGCAUGGACAAAAUGAUUCAAGAUGGUAAAGGAGAUGUGACCAUUACUAAUGAUGGAGCAACUAUCCUGAAGCAAAUGCAAGUCCUGCACCCGGCAGCAAAGAUGUUGGUUGAAUUAUCCAAAGCUCAAGAUAUUGAAGCUGGAGAUGGCACAACAUCUGUGGUGGUCAUCGCUGGUGCUCUCCUAGAUGCUUGUGCCAAGCUGCUGCAGAAAGGUAUACACCCCACCACAAUUUCUGAGUCAUUCCAGCUGGCUGUAGAGAGAGGGAUUGAAGUUCUGACCAGUAUGGCCCAACCUGUGGAGCUGAGCGACCGAGAAACGUUACUGAACAGUGCCACGACGUCACUAAACUCAAAGGUUGUCUCCCAGUAUUCCAGUUUGCUUGCACCAAUGAGUGUGGAAGCUGUAAUGAAAGUGAUCGAUCCAUUGACCGCAAAUAGCGUUGAUCUGCGUGACAUCAAAAUGGUCAAGAAACUUGGUGGAACCAUCGAUGACUGUGAACUGGUUGAUGGCCUGGUGCUCACACAGAAAUUGUCCAACACUGGAGUAAGCAGAGUAGAAAAAGCAAAGAUUGGUCUAAUUCAGUUCUGCUUGUCUUCCCCCAAAACAGACAUGGAUAAUCAGAUUGUGGUGUCAGAUUAUGCACAGAUGGACAGAGUUUUAAGAGAAGAGAGAACCUACAUCCUGAACCUUGUGAAGCAGAUUAAGAAGGCUGGCUGCAAUGUGCUGCUUAUCCAGAAGUCGAUUUUAAGGGACGCUCUCAGUGAUCUUGCCUUACACUUCCUGAAUAAAAUGAAAAUCAUGGUUGUCAAGGAGAUAGAGCGUGAAGACAUAGAGUUUAUCUGUAAGACAAUUGGAACGAAGCCGGUGGCACACAUUGACCAGUUUACAGCAGACAUGUUGGCAUCAGCUGAGCUCGCUGAAGAAGUUAGUCUUAAUGGUUCCGGGAAGCUGGUAAAGAUAACUGGGUGCGCUAAUCCCGGCAAAACGGUUACAAUUGUGGUCCGUGGGUCUAAUAAGCUUGUGAUUGAAGAGGCCGAACGAUCCAUUCAUGAUGCACUUUGUGUAAUUCGCUGCUUAGUUAAGAAAAGAGCUCUGAUUGCUGGAGGAGGUGCUCCUGAGAUUGAAUUAUCCCUACGUUUGAAUGAAUAUGCAAGAACACUCAGUGGGAUGGAGUCCUACUGUAUCAGAGCUUUUGCAGACGCCUUAGAGGUUAUCCCAUCGACUUUGGCAGAGAAUGCAGGACUGAACCCAAUAUCCACUGUAACAGAGCUCAGAAACAGACAUGCAGAGGGUGAGAAGACAGCAGGCAUAAAUGUGCGCAAGGGAGGAAUUUCCAACAUUUUGGAGGAACUUGUUGUUCAGCCGCUCUUGGUGUCUAUCAGUGCACUGACUCUAGCCACAGAAACCGUUCGUAGUAUCCUGAAGAUUGAUGAUGUGGUGAACACCCGAUAAACUGGUUUUGGAUAAAGUAAUCCGUGGCAUGUCUGCUGACCUAAGAUGGCAGUAAACCUUUAUACGUGUGUCGGCACUUAAUGUAAUAAAAUUGUUACAUGACGUUA